AUGUUCGGCGGACUGGCCAACUUGGUUCAACCGCCGGUUAUCGGUCCACCGCCAAAGAAUGUGCCCCCUCCCACCCCUCUCAGGUUACCACAGUGCAAUCCGCAACUGUCACCUCCCUCUGAGACGUCUUCGCACGGGACAGCAGGACAUACAGACAGAACGUCUGAACCAUCUAUAGUUCGCUUCCUUCAGUCGCUCCACCGCCCAGCCGACGUCAACGAGUCCCACUUCAACGCAGUCGGUGUCCAUGUUCACUCCGACGCGCCGCCUGAGGAUGUCAUCCCGGAUCCGUCCUACCUACCAUCGGCGUCAGACUGGGAUGGUAUCGACCAGGACGAGGCUAGAAAGAGAGACCAAUCCUUCAGGCGCCCAUUAUCCAAUGGAAGUCUGUCACCCGAGGGCCGCAUCUACUUGGAACGGCGAAAGGAGCUCUCCAUACCAAACCAAGCUGCCUUCCGUACCGUCCGCCGGAUAAAACCAGAGCCGGGGAAGCAACCGCCGCGUUUAGGAAGUUGCUUCGAGUUCUUCAAGCAGAUGGAGUUGAUGUGUUCAUUCUGGGAUGACACCUCGUUGCCGCCGUUGCCAGAGGACGACGGUGAUGAUGACCAGGGUAAUGAGGCGGUUCCUCCUCUCCCAUCACGUACGCAUCCUAUAGAUGGUAGCCUUGAUCAAGUUGGUCAUUCUGUCAUUGCCGCCGCCGCCGAGUCUAAUACCCGUUCCGAGCCCGAAUCGGAGUCGAAGGUGGAUUCUCCGGAGCGGGUUACGUAUCGGACUGCACCCGGGUCCCAGAUGCCACCCGAGUAUCGCCACGCUAUGGUCGCUGCCUUUGUCAAGCUCGUGACUUAUGAUUUUGGCUGUACCGUGGCGCCGCCGCGAGUCGAGCCCAGGCUACAUUUGACUGGAUCACCCCCAAGCAAGGAGACGUCGACGUCCAAAUCCAAGCCGGCCCCUUCACAAUCUCAAAGGUCAUCCUACUUCCCGUCCGGCUGCGUCUUCCUCUUCCGCACCCCCAAAACCCGUGACGCCGCUCGUAGCGGCAUCCUCGAGGGUCCGGUGGCGGCAGUAUCAGCCCGCAACACGACCAGCUUCUCCACGCCCGUCGACUCAAACGUCGACUUCGGCCGUGAGCUGAUCGCCGCCCUGGUCACUGCGCAACACCGCGCCCGCGAGAACAAGGCGGAAAAGCGAAUCGGCGAGGGCAAGUGGUGGACGACGGCGAAGCGCUGGGGCGGCGGCGAAGGCGGUCCCAUCGGCCGCGAGGUCGAGGGCGAUACCGUCGUCGGCGACAAGGACGCAGCCACGAGCCCGACCGAUACCGCGCCCUCCGAGGGCAUUGCGGCCGCCGCCGGCCAGGCAGCAUCCACCGAGAAGCCGUCCGCGCAGACAAAGCCAAAGGCACUCGCCGUGCGGGGGCCGCCCCUGACCAAGAAGCCGCGCAAGAACCUCAGCAUGUACGACAACUACCGCAUGAUCCGGCCGCCGUCGUCCAACUGGGACAAGAAGGUGCGGUACGAGGCCAUCGGCCGCACGCACGGCGCGGGGUACGACGACGUGUUUGUGCUCAGCAGCCUCUUCCACCACCUGUGCGUGCUGCGGGUGCGCGUCCCGCACCGGCUGCUGCAGGUCUUGGACGGCGGGUCGGACAAAGAAGGAGAAGAAGGAGAGGGAGAGGGUCAUGAGCCUGACGAGCGGUGCUGGGGCAGGCUCGAGAUGUGGCGCAGUCGGUGGUUCGACCUCUUUGUUGUCGAGGAGAGACUCGAGGCUUUGCGUCUGCUGUGGGGCAUGAUGGCUUGGGCGAUGCGGAAGGGCGAGGAUCAGGGGGAGGAUCAGGGGGAGGAUGUGGCUAUGAAGAAUGCCUGA